CAGCGCUCCAUCGUUUCAGAGAGCACGCCCGCAAUAAAGCUCUUUCACUGAGCCGGAGAGGAUGAUGAUGAGGGUUAGGAUGAAGCUCGUGAUGAUGAGGAGGGAGCGCAUGAGGGAGCUUCCUGUCGCCGCGUGAUGACGUCGGCCGGCUCCCUGUAUUGUUUUGACUCGGAUAUUUUUCCUGUCUAAAAUUCCUGAAAGAUCGCGCGAAAAACACGUUAAAGACGCGAUUUUACACCCGAUUUCAGCCUCAGAUCAAACUACAGGUCAGAGGUCAUGGAGGAGCAGAGUGGGUCACCGGGGGCCAACACAGACAACAGCAGCCAGCGCAAUGGAGAGGAGAAACCUCGCAGGAGCAGCUGGACCAAAGGCAGGAGGAGGAAGAAGCCACUGAAGGACAGUAAUGCCCCCAAAGCCCCCUUAACAGGAUACGUGCGCUUCAUGAAUGAGCACCGCGAGCAGCUGAGGGCGGAAAGACCAGACAUGCCUUUCCCAGAGAUCACCAGGAUGCUCGGGAAUGAGUGGAGCAAACUGCCUCCGGAAGAGAAACAGCGCUAUCUGGAUGAAGCGGACAAAGAUAAGGAGCGCUACAUGAGAGAACUGGAGCAGUAUCAGAAGACUGAAGCCUAUAAACACUUCAGUAGGAAGGUGCAAGAGAAACAAAAAGGAAAGAGACACAGAGGAGAUGCUGGAAGGCAGGUGCCUGGUGAAUCACUUCAUGAGGUAAAACAUCGACACCGAGGCCCACACAGAAUCUGCACCUUUUUUUUUCCAGGUCAUAGAAAAUCUGGAAUUAACAGAUAA